AUGGGGGAGCUACGGUGGUGGCUGUUCGGCAUCGUUGUAUUGUUCUUUUGCAAAGGGAGCUCUGCCCAAAUUAGGUACUCAAUUUCAGAGGAGCAAAAAGACGGAGCGGUUGUGGGAAAUGUUGCAAAGGAUUUGGGGAUCGAUCCACGAGUUUUGAGGGAGCGAGGAUUCCGUAUCGUGAGCUCAGGAGGAGAAUCGCUUUUCCGGGUGAAUGAGAACGAUGGCGUGCUGCACGUGAAUGGCAAAAUCGACAGAGAGCAGGUCUGCGAUAAAAGCAGCGCGUGUGUGAUUAACCUUAAAUUGGUUCUCGAAAAUCCCCUGGAAAUACAUUACAUUGCGGUGGAGAUAUUAGACAUCAACGACCACAAACCUAAUUUCACUGAAAAGGUGAAGAAGCUUGAAAUAUCAGAGUCCGCUUUGCCUGGAGUGCGGUUUCAGCUACAACCAGCUCAAGAUGCAGAUGCAGGCACGAAUUCUGUGCAGCAGUACAGGCUGAGUCAGAACGAGCAUUUCCGAAUUGAGGUAAAAGAUCGAGGUGCUAACGGUAAAAUUCCAUUUUUAAUUUUACAAAAGCAACUAGACAGAGAAGCCAUUCCAAAUCACCAACUAGUCAUGACUGCGAGUGACGGUGGAAAGCCUCCAAAGACAGGAACUAUGGAUAUAAAUAUUGAUGUUUUAGAUGUUAAUGAUAACUCUCCCGUGUUCACUAAGGAAUCAUACACUGUCUCUCUUAAUGAAAACGCCCCUGUUGGCACCACAGUUAUGCGCGUAAACGCAACUGAUUUGGAUAACGGUCCAAAUGGUGAGGUAUUUUACGCAUUCAGUAAUGAUGUUAAUAGUAAAUUACGAGAUCUGUUUCAAAUUGAUGCUAUUACUGGAGAUAUAACUGUCAAAGGACAGAUCGAUUUUGAACACAACGAUGUUUAUGAAAUUGACAUACAAGCAUCAGACAAGGGGCCUGUUCCUUUGACCGCAGACAAAAGUGUACUAAUAAAAGUAGUUGAUAUGAAUGAUAAUGCGCCAGAGAUCGAGGUAACAUCCUUUUCCAGCGCCGUUCCCGAGGAUGCCAGAAUAGGAACUACUGUUGCUUUGAUUAGUGUAACUGAUGCGGAUUCUGGCAUUAAUGGGAAAGUAGUCUGCUCAUUGCCAGAAAAUGUGCCAUUCAAAUUAACCCCAUCUUUACAGGAUAAUGUAUAUUCCUUAGUUACAAAAUCCCUCUUAGACAGAGAGAGCACAUCUCACUAUGACAUUACAUUGCGCGCAAAAGACGAGGGAAAGCCUUCCUUGACCUCCGAGAAAACCAUUACAGUAGUAGUGUCAGAUGUGAAUGACAACAGUCCUGAGUUUCCAGUAUCUUCUUACACGUUUUACGUGAAGGAAAACAAUGUUCCAGGGGAGCCUGUGUCUUCUGUGUCAGCUUCCGACAAGGACACAGGUGACAAUGCACUGGUCACUUAUCAGAUUUGCAGAGACUGUGGGGACAACCCGUUCGUGUCAUAUCUAAAUAUAAAUUCGGAAAAUGGUAAAGUUUACGCACUCAAAAGUUUUGACUUUGAGACUAUGAAAACGUUUCACUUCCACGUGCUGGCCACAGAUGGUGGUACUCCCCCUCUAACCAGCAACGUCACGGUAAACGUCUUUAUUCUGGAUGAAAAUGACAACGCUCCAAAGAUACUGUUUCCAAUGAACUCUAAUGGUUCCGCUGAAGGUGUAGAGGAACUUCCUAGGAAUGUAAACCCUGCGCACCUGGUGACUAAAGUGAGGGCCUAUGACGCAGACGUGGGCUACAACGGGUGGCUACUCUUUUCACUGCAAGAAGUGACUGACCACACUCUUUUUAGUUUGGACCGGUACACAGGACAAUUACGCACCAUGAGAUCAUUUACUGAAACAGACGAAGCCGAGCAUAAACUAAUCAUAAUAGUCAAAGAUAACGGAAACAUAUCUCUCUCGGCAACAGCAACAGUUGGGAUAAAACUUGUAGAGCCCAAGGAAGCUUUUGCGGCAUCUGACAGCAAGAGCGUUGCGCAGGGUGAGGAUGAAACUAGUAUCACGUUUUACCUGAUCAUCACCCUGGGAGCGGUAUCUGUGCUCUUCCUCGUCAGUAUAAUAGUGCUGGUCGUCAUGCAGUGCUCCAAACAGAAAGAUUAUUCAUCAAAAUAUUUGCAGGACGCAGCGUAUGACGGGACAUUGUGCCACAGCAUUCAGUACAGAUCUGGAGACAAGCGGUAUAUGCUGGUUGGACCUAGAAUGAGCAUCGGUUCUACGAUAGCACCUGGCAGCAAUGCCAACACACUUGUGGUUCCGGACAGGAGAAGUCGGACUUCUAUAGAGUACUUGAAGCUGCGUAUUUACAUGUGCCUGGUGUGGACGUUUCACAUGGUUUCCAUGAAUACCAUCUAG